AUGGAACACUUGGGCGUUGCAAGCUUCGACUGUGCUGCUGUGAACCCCGACUUCCAUGGCACCUUCGAGGCAACAUGCGCUUUCGGCAACAUCACCGGGGCCACAUCGACCUGCGUCGAGAACCCUUGCACCAGCAGCUCUUACGUCGAGGCUGAGCUGGGUGGGACGACCUCCCAGCAGCACUCCCCUGGGGUCCUGCACGGCGCGACCUGGACGGUGCCAUGCGAGCCCAUUAACUGGGACUACAUUGGCGACAUGCAGAUGAGCUGCUACCGCGGCCACGUGCGCGCCGACAACAGCAGCUGCAUCCUGGUGGAACUUGGAUGCCAGCCAUCAGGCCCUGGGGGCAACCUGACCGUGGGCAAUUACACUGUGGAUCUGCUCCCGGAUGUGGGUGUGUCCAAGGACGAGACCUUCCAAGUCGACUGCGGCUCGCAGACGCAGCGGAAGUAUGUCGGGGAGAUCACCGUGACCUGUGGGCGACGUGGAAGCUAUGCCAGCGCGGCUCUCAGCACUCAGAUGAUUUGUGUCGAUGGUUUGGGAUCGGUGGAGACAAAGUGUUUUGGAAGCUCCGAUGCGGGUGAUAGGGCCUUGGUCACAUAA